GCACAGGGCUCUCGAGAGCGCGCAGCUCGACCCGCGGCCAGGCUCAAAUAACAGGCGCAUUCAGGUCGCUGAAUCCACCAGAAAACACACCAAAUCUUUCACAUCCCCCUCUAAACACACCAACACGGCAUUGAUGGUAAUGUAUGCGAGGAAACAACCGAGACUCGGCGACGGGUGCGAGCGGAGGGAUACCCAGCCCUACCAGACUCUCAAAUACUCCUCCAAGAGCCAUCCAGGUGUGGACCAUCGACAUGAAAAGAUGCGGGACUCUACAGAUGUCACUCCUCCCUGCAAAAUGCUCCGGAGGUCUGACAGUCCAGACAACAAACACACUGACACUACAGGCCACAGCAGAGCGAAGGCUGUCCACACGCACCGGGCCAGAGACAGGGAUGGAGGGCCCAGUUUUUCUCCUCAAGAAAAUUCCCACAACCACAGUUCCCUUCAUAGCUCCAACUCACAUUCUCACCCCAACAAGACCUCAGACACACCUUACGAGCCCGGUGACGAUUGGUCGGAGCACAUCAGUUCUUCUGGGAAAAAAUACUAUUACAACUGCAGGACGGAGGUCUCUCAGUGGGAGAAACCCAAAGAAUGGUUGGAAAGAGAACAGAGGCAAAAAGAGGCAACAAAGACUGCUGUUGUUAACAGUUUUCCCAAGGACAGGGACUACAGAAGGGAGGCUAUGCAGGCGACGGCAACAUCUGGCUUUGCUGGUCCCAAGUCUACCCAGGCGGAGAAGCCUCCAGCGGCCCUAGCCAGCCAGCCUCAGUCCUCCUCCUCCGGCUCGGGGAGCUUGAACACGUCGUCAGGGCCUCCUGGAUCCUCUGCUUCCACCGUCCCCGUGUCCCCAGUCCUCCAGUCCCCCGCUCCUCCACUACUGCAGGACCCCACCCUGCUCCGCCAGCUUCUUCCAGCACUUCAAACUGCCCUGCAACUCAAUAACGCCAGUAUGGACGUGGCAAAAAUCAAUGAAGUUCUCACAGCUGCUGUCACACAAGCUUCAUUACAGUCGAUGCUCCACAAGAUCCUCACAGCUGGACCAUCAGCUUUCAAUAUCACUACUAUCCUCUCUCAAGCUGCUCAACUCUCCAGCCAAGCAGCUCAGCAAUCAAAUCAGUCACCAAUGUCUUUAACAUCCGACGCCUCGUCGCCCAGAUCCUACGUUUCUCCGAGGAUCAGCACGCCGCAGACCAACGCUGGUCCCCUCAAGCCGCUUCUCAGCACGCAGCCUGUCAUCUCACAGCCAAAAGUAAGCACGGCAGCGGUGAAGCAGGCGUCUCAUUCCCAGCCCUCAUCUCAGCAGCCGCUGUCAAGCGAGAAGCCGCACAGUCAUGACGCCACUACGGCUUCACCUCGUACCAUCCAGCGCCAAGGCAGCCAGCGGAGUCCCUCCCCCGGUCCCAACCAUGUUGCGUCCAGCAGCAGCAACGCCCCCAGUUCUGCCUCGGCCCCCCCAGCCUCCUCAGCCCGGCCCUCCUGCUCCUUCACCCCCACACUCGCCGCUCACUUCAAUGACAACCUUAUCAAACACGUGCAGGGGUGGCCCGCAGAACACGUAGAGAAACAGGCGUCAAGACUCCGUGAGGAGGCUCACACCAUGGGCAGCAUCUGCAUGUCUGAGAACUGCACUGAGCUCAAAAACCUGCGCUCUCUGGUCCGAGUCUGUGAAAUCCAGGCGACACUGCGCGAGCAGCGGAUACUGUUUUUGAGACAACAAAUCAAAGAACUUGAAAAAUUGAAGAACCAGAAUUCCUUCAUGGUCUGAGAACUUUGGGUUGGGGGUUUGAGUGAGCGUGUGGAGCGUGUGAGAGGGUGGGGAGCUUGCACAUAGAUGGAAGGUGAGGAGGGAGCUGUUUAUUCCCUCUUGAGCCCCAGUCUCAACACACACGGGAGUAGCAGUUGGUUCGGACCGUUGGACUGGGAGACCCGAGAGGGAGAUGAGGAGCUGAUGUCGGGGGAGGGGGGGGUUGAUUUGCAAGACAGUUUUGUAAAAACCCACGGUGGAGAAAAUGUAGAUUUCUUGUAGAUGUUAUUAUCUAUGUUGUACAUAUGUUUUGUAGAUUGAAGCCAUGGAAAGCCAUGCCUGUCAAAGCUUUGGACAUCCAGACUAAUCGACACCUAGGCGGCUACGGUCAUUAGCUCGCCUGUCCUCCAUGUUAACCCAUCUGCAGACUUAAAGGAUCCCUUCUUUUCAACUCAGAUCAUUGAACCAUUGUGUGUGUGUGUGUCUGUGUGUGUGAGAGAGAGAGUGAGAGACCUGCAAAUAAACAGAGGAGGAUGUUUUCAGCAAUUUCUUUCAUUUAUUCACACACAGGUGUAGCUUAAGGCAGAACACAGUGGGGUUAUUGUUGUUAGUUUCUCUUCAAAUCUUCUGAUUCUUCCGUCUGUCCUCUUCCUCCACCCUCUCAGGUUGAACUCCAGCUUGUACUGAGGUGUGGCAGACAUCCCCCUCCGUGCAGAUGUGUGUAAACUGCUACAAUGGUUCAGUGAUCUUUUGCAGCUUCUGGUGGCCCUGCAUCAUUAUCCAGUUAAAAAAAUCAUAACAACAAAAUAAGAAAUGUGCCUGGUGCUGUGAUGGAGUGGGUGAUUAUUUAAAAAACACAACAAAGAACCCGGGAUGUGAUGGUGUGCUGCUUUUGGACCAUUCCCUCUCCCCUCACCAGGCCUCGUCCCUGUCCCCUCGCAUUCUUCCCUCCUUUUUUUUUUUUCUUUUUAAUUUAAACCUUCUGUGUUCCUGCUGUUUUUAGUUCCUUUCACCCUGCUUUCACCCUCUAAAGCGAAGGUGGUACCUCUGUUUCAUUCCUUUGUACAUACGUUAUAACGGUGGAGUUUUAAGAGGAUGAGAGAAUGAGGUUUUAUUUAUAAGAUUUGUUAGUCAUAAAGCAGUGAAUCGCAAAAGAAAUCCAACCCGUUUUCACCGGCGCCUAGUUUGAGUGGUGGUACAGCUGCAACAGGUCAAAGAUGGGUGUAGGCUGUAUGUGGAGCAUCUCUUCAGUCAGGGCAGGGCCAGGGGUCAAAGCUCUAAUGUGAAAUGUAUGUAUUGUAAUAAAUAUGUUAAACUAAA